GCAAUUUUAUUCCCUGGGGGACACCUGACAAUGUUUGGAGACAGUUUGGUUGUCACAAGGCAGGGAGGGGUGUAAUAGUCAUAUCCGUGGGUAGACACCAGGAAUGCUGCUGAGCGUCCUACAGUGCCCGCAAAGCAAAGGAUUGUCCAGCCUCAAAUGGCAACGGUUCUGAAGUUGAGAAAUUCUGUACAAGGUCAGGCUGAGCCUGUCACUGCCCAACCCAGCUCUUUUGUCCUCAGAAGGGUAGAGAGCUCACGUCUGAGCCUCCACCUGGGCAGACCUUUGCCCCCACUCGUGGUCUGCCCCUCCCAUGCUUGCUCCCCUAUUCCUGGAAGCUUCUGGAGUCUUCUCUGCUUUUCCUGGGUACAGUGAUCUAAAGACCUGCACAUCACGUGUCUGGCCUGGUCUGUCUUCUGAGACCUUUAUUCACAGAAUUUGGUGUGGUAGGAAAGAACCAAAGUGGAAGUGUUCACCUAACAUGCAGAAGGUGCUUUGCAGAUAAACUAUAUAUUAACUUUGAAUGCCAUUUUCAGGGUCCAGAAAGCUUCGUUUUAUCCCAAGUUUUCAUUUGAGCAAUUCUAGUUGUACCUUAUGUUUGCGAAAGUCUAGGUUUCUAAUGAGCUCCCAGGUGAUGCUGACGCUGCUGGGCCACAGCCCACAUCUUGAGUGGCAAGGCGUUGUAGGGUUGUGCAGAGGUGGGCUGGGGCGGUGCCCUCCCUGUAGACAACUGUGGUGUGGUUUGGGAACUGUGGGGUGGCAGGAACCAUGAUAUGGGGUCAGGAAACCAGGAUCCGAGUCAUCACUGUCCCCGCCCCUCCCCAUCUAUGGCUUAUAAGUCACUCAACUUCUUUGGGGAGUGGUCUUGGAGGGGUUCUGAGGCAAGGUCUGCAAAGUGGGAGUGCCAUGAGGAGGUAUAAUGGCCUGGAUCCCGGCAGCCAGAGGGACAGAAGGCCUUUGGCCUGGCUGGCAGGGAAGGGACCAUGAGCUGCUGCUUGUGGUGUGGGCACCGUGCCAGCAUGGAAGCAGCUCUCAUUAUGGCCCUGGCUCUUCUCCACUGGUGCCACGGCCUUCUGCUUCUGGCUUACCCAGCUCUGCCUGCUGUGGGAGAGCUAGAGAGACCGGUCUGACUGGGGGAAGGAGGGGCAGCUUCAAUGCGGUAGGGGCCAGCCCAAAGCCUGAAUGUGGGUCUCAGGUCCUGGCCAGCUGAGCCAGCGUCUCAGAAGUGGAGGUCAGGCCUGAGAUCUGUGGCCUAAAGACACUGGGGUCAGGCUGUAGACCUUGGAUAGGAUUCCCACCUGCUCCAGGGAAACUGGGGAGGAGUUUGGUAUUUGGGGCGGUAAACUGGGAGGUCACUCUACCCCCAGCCAUAGGAGAUGCCCUCCCUCAAGUAUCUGACCCCAGAACUAGAGCUGGGCAGAGCCUUAGGUACCUGGGGCACCCUACCCCCAGUUCUCCCCAAAUCAGCCAUGAUGGCGCAACAAGUCCCCUUCCAACUCCUAAGACCAGGAAGCAGCAAGACAGAUGAACCCACUUCCCAACCGGAAGAACUGAGACUCCUCCCUACUUCCUGGGACGAGACCCGGCUUUAGGGUUGUCACCCAUUACCCAGCGGGGCCCUGGGCCUAACAGAUCAUGAGGCUGCCACCCAUCGCAUCAGGGAGGGGUGCUGGCCUGCCCCUGUCCCCGCAGUUGGGCCAACCCAGUGGUUCACACUGAGGGGUCUGCAGCCACACAGGCCUGGGUCUGAGUCCUGGCUCCCGUCCUUACUAGUUGUGGUCCUGGGCCAGUCGCUCGGAGCCUCCGCUGGCUUGUCUGUAAACAGCAAUAAUGACACCCGCCCAGCCCAGCCUCACAGCUUGUUGUGAAGAUGGAACGAGCCCUGCCGCUGAAACCAUGGUCAUUAUCAUUACUCAUGGCAUUUAGAGACGCAGGGCACCCCAGAUCACCUUACCCAGGGCUCUCAUUUGACAGAUGUGGAGAUCGGUGCUUGGAGAAGGAAGGCAGCUGCCCAAGGGCCCCACAACAGGUCAGUGGGUGAGCCAGGGCUAGAACCCACACCUGCAGGCACAGCUGCCACCUGUCUGUGAAGGCACUCCGAGGGCAACACACUGUAAGCCUGGGGAGACCUUUGCCUCACACUCCUGGUCUGCCCCUUCCAUGCUUGGGGUCCUGGGGAUCGGGUCGCAGAACCUCCCCACUGAGGGAGGUGAACCUGGCCUUGGUACCAGCACCUCCUCCAUUUGCCAGCACCAGCCAUGAACUACGUGGGGCAGCUGGCAGGUACAGUGUUGGGGACGAUGAAGGACAUAUACCGAGGUCUGAACCCGGCCACGCUGAGUGGUGGCAUUGACAUCCUGGUGGUGGAGCAGGCGGACGGCUCCUUCCGAUGCUCGCCCUUCCACGUGCGCUUUGGCAAGCUGGGCGUCCUGCGGUCUCGGGAGAAGGUGGUAGACAUCGAGAUCAACAGGGAGCCUGUGGACUUGCACAUGAAGCUGGGGGACAGCGGGGAGGCCUUCUUCGUUCAGGAGCUGGAGAGUGAUGAGGAACACGUGCCUCCCUGUCUGUGCACAUCACCCAUCCCUGGCGGGGACCUGUCCGGGUUCCCCUCAGACUCCCAGCUGAGCACAGCCAGUGAGCCCGAGGCCAUCGCUGAGGGGGUGUCCUCCACGGGGCGGAAGAAGAGGCUUCGCAGGAGGAAACCCAGGCGGAAAGAGGACGCGGUCGCAGCCAGUUCUAGUUCGGAGGAGCUGGAGACUGGCGCUGAGAGUGAGCUGUCCCUGCUGGAAAAGCCAAGGCCAGAGCCCUCAGGCCCCCUCAGCAGCACCCAGUCAGAAGGGGAGUCCUCACCGCAAGCCAGAGACUUCUACCCCUACUCUGAUGGCGAGUGGGGCCCCCAGGCCAGCCUCCCGCCGGGUGGGUGCACGUCCCCCAAGAGUGACUCGGAGCUGGAGCUGCGGACCCCUGAGCCCGGCCCCACAGGAGCUGAGUCCCACAUACAGUGGGCCUGGGGGAGGCUGCCGAAGGUGGCCAAAGCAGAGUGGCCUGAGUCCUUGAAGGUCGCUGAUGGCAGGGCCGGGCCAGCCUCUCCUCUUCAGGGAGAGCCCAGCGCUCCCACCACGUCUGUGGCUGGUGCGGACCCUUCGGGAACCCUGAUCCUGCAAGUAGGGGCUGGUGCCGACCUUCCUCCUACAGACAUGGACCCUCCUGCUCUGGUGGGCUCCCCUCUCCCUACUCCCAAGAGAAAGCAGACCAAGCCUCAGAGCCGCAGGGAGGCAAGCCUGCCCCCUCCCUUGAAAUCCCGGAGCUGGGCCACCCUGGAGGGCCCCGUUGCCGCCAGGCAGCCAGAGGGGGGCUCCGGGGGCAAAGGCCCCCUGAAGAGAAGCCAGCACCUGGGCCCCAGUGACAUCUAUCUGGAUGACUUGCCCUCUCUGGAUUCUGAGAAUGCAGCCCUUUACUUCCCCCGCAGUGACUGUGGACUGGGGCCCAGGAGGUGGAGUGAACCCAACAGCCAGAAGCCCUUGGGCGACCCCAGCCCCGAACGGGAGCCAGAACCCACUCCGGACGUGGUGGCUAUGAUCGCGGUCUCCCUCUGUGGCGGGCUGGCUGACGGCCGGGACAUCUCCCUGGAGAAGUUCAACCAGCACAUCGUCUCCUACCAGGACCUCGUCCAAAACCCUGGCCUCCUUGAGCACCCAAACCUGGUGGUGAAAAUCAAUGAGAAGCAUUAUAACUGGGCUGUGGCUGCCCCCAUGAUCCUUUCCCUGCAAGCCUUCCAGAGGAACCUGCCCAAGAGCACCGUGGACAAACUGGAGAAGGAGAAGAUGCCCCGGAAGGGUGGGCGGUGGUGGUUUUCCUGGCGACGCCGGGACUUCCCAGCCGAGGAGCGUGGUGCCCAGACGGAGAAAACCACGGCCAGGGAGCAGCAGGGGGAGAAGACUGAUGUCCUGAGUAGUGAGGAUGAAGCCCCGGAGAGCCCUGUGAUCCUGGAGGCCCCCUCUCUGCCUCCCUCGCUUCCCGCCUACACUCCCACCUACAAGAAGUCCCUCCGGCUCUCCUCCAAUCAGAUCCGGCGCCUGAACUUGCAAGAAGGUGCCAAUGACGUGGUCUUCAGUGUGACCACCCAGUACCAGGGCACCUGCCGGUGCAGGGCCACCAUCUAUCUGUGGAAGUGGGACGACAAGGUGGUCAUCUCGGACAUCGACGGGACCAUUACCAAGUCGGAUGCUCUGGGCCACAUUCUGCCCCAGCUGGGGAAAGACUGGACACACCAGGGCAUCACCAGUCUCUACCACAAAAUCCACCUAAACGGGUACAAGUUCCUGUACUGCUCGGCACGGGCCAUUGGCAUGGCUGACCUCACCAAGGCCUACCUGCAGUGGGUGAGCGAGCGGGGCUGCGGCCUCCCCAAGGGCCCCAUCCUGCUGUCUCCCAGCAGCCUCUUCUCCGCCCUGCACAGGGAGGUGAUUGAGAAGAAACCAGAGGUGUUCAAAAUUGCCUGCCUGAGUGACAUCCGGAAGCUGUUCCUGCCCAACGAGCAGCCCUUCUAUGCUGCCUUUGGGAACAGGCCCAACGAUGUCACUGCCUACCGGCAGGUGGGACUCCCUGAAUCUCGCAUCUUCACAGUCAACCCCCGGGGAGAGCUCAUCCAGGAGCUCAUGAAGAACCACAAAUCCACGUAUGAGCGGCUGGGCGAGGUGGUUGAGCUCCUCUUCCCACCUGUGGCCCGUGGCCCCAGCACAGACCUGGCCCAUCCUGAAUACAGCAGCUUCUGCUACUGGCGGGAGCCCCUGAUGACUGUGGACCUCGAUGCCCUGCCCUGAACCGGCCCCCGCUGCCCCCUCCUCCCUGGCCAGACCCAGAACUGACUGGGAGUCCCGGGGAGUGGGAGGUUGGAAGCUGGCUGCCACAGGGCCCGUCCACUGAAGGGCGGGGGAGGGGCUGAGGGCUUGUUGGCAGACACAGAGGCCCUCUCUCCUCACUGUCCUAUCUCCUGCCUUCCCCAGCUGAUCUGUGGGAGGCGGGCUGGCUGCUCCAGGCUCUUAACUGCCCUGUGGCAAUUAAAUGAUGGUGACCUGGGCCCUUGCGGGAUUCUCCAUGCCCUUGACAUCCCUGUCCCUGUCACUCCAGCACACUGCCUUGACCCCUGAUAGGACAGGGAGAAGACAAAGGCCUGUGAGGCUCAAGACCCAUCUGCACAGGAAGGGGCUGGCGGCAGUGGUGGGGCAUGGCCAAGCAGCGUCUGGACGGCAUGGACCAUACCCUCUGAAGCCAGACCCUUGCACAACCCCGGGCCCUUCCCACAGCUCUUGAGCUGGACCUCACUGCUCUCCCUUGUCCUCCAGGAUCUCAGCACACCCCAACCCUGGGAGCUCAGACAUCAAGGAACGGGGAUUCCAGAGCAGUGGGAGGGCUGAAGGUGUGUGGCUCCCCACAGGCCUCGCCCAUACCCAGCUGCUAUUCCCGCUCCUCUGAGCACCUCCCCGAGGACAUGGCC